GGGACGACACACGGCGAAGCAAGAUGCUGACAAACAAACGACGACUACGCAUAGUAGGUUGGUUGGUGAUCGUAUAGAGUGAUAGUCAAGCUGCAACAGAAGAAGGCGCUUCAAUCCACAGAACAAAGAGCACUGUCCUGCUUUUCCGAACCAACUAAGAAGCAAAAUCAGCAUGUCGUAUUCAGACCUUCCCCACAAGCCGACCAUUCCUGUCGAGCCCUUCAAACUAUCCGUACCCCAUGAGAAUCUCAAUGAGCUCCUCAAUCUACUCAAAUCUACCAGAAUUGCCAAAGAAAGCUAUGAGAAUGUCUCUGCACAGGAGAACAAAUUUGGAAUAACGAGGAAAUGGCUGGUGAAUAUGAAAGAUGAAUGGAUCAAACAGGACUGGCGGAAACAAGAAGAGCGAAUCAAUUCUCUUCCUGCGUUCAAGGCAAAGGUAAAAAACUCAGAUGGUUCGGUAUUUUCAAUCCAUUUUACCGCCCUUUUCUCGAAAAAGAAGGUCGCAAUCCCUAUCAUCCUCAGUCACGGCUGGCCAGGUAGCUUUUACGAAUUCGUUCCAAUGAUGGAGAUGGUGAAGAAGAAAUAUAGUCCUGAGGAUCUUCCGUUCCAUUUGAUCGUACCAUCCCUUCCCGGAUGGCUUUUCUCUACACCUCCUCCUAAUGAUCGAGAAUUCAAUGUGACCGAUGUUGGGUAUCUCUUCAAUGGUCUAAUGGAGGGCCUAGGUUUCGGAGACGGCUAUGUUGCCCAAGGCGGUGAUAUUGGGAGCUACGUGACGAACGAACUUGGUGCCAAGUACCCAGCUUGCAAAAUCAUUCACGUCAAUUACUCUAACCCUCCUCCUCGCCCACUUCCCUCUCCAGGCUCUCCUGGACAAGAGGCUUCACCGCCCUCUGCUGAAGAUCUUCUUGAGCUACUGCAGAAGUUUGGAUACGCUCUCGAGCAUUCUACUCGACCAGCCACUGUAGGCUUGGUAGUAGGCUCCAAUCCACUCAGCUUACUAGCAUGGGUCGGCGAGAAAUUCCUCGAGUGGACUGAUGAGUCCCCAAGUGAGGAAACAAUUUUGACAAUGACAAGCCUUUAUUGGUUCACUGAUUGUUUCACGACGUCGAUUUACACAUACAGAUAUGGCCUUGGUGCUAAACGCCAUGAAAGUGCCAAACAAGCUUCUUACCAGAAAUGUCCUCUGGGCUACAGCCAGUUCCCCAAAGAGAUCGUCGAGAUACCUGCCGAGUGGGUCAAGGCGCAAUCCAAUAUGGUUUGGUCUAAGAAACAUGAAUCCGGGGGUCAUUUUGCUGCUCUCGAAAAGCCAGAAUUGUUGUGGGCGGAUAUAGAGGAGUUUGUACACUCGCAGUGGGAGAAGUACAAAGGUAAUUACUGAGAGAAUGUAUAGUAAUAUCGCGACUUAUUCUACCUUGUAGUAUAAUCCAGAUGUAUAGAAAGUGUACGUAUCUGCUAUAGAAAUCUAGUCUUCUUCAAUAUUGGUAAAGGGAAAACAGAAGUAUACUAAGUAAGCUCAUGAAAACAUAUAUGGAUUUUGUGGCAUCG